UUCAGGAAGUAUCAACAACAACAACAGAACUAUCUGCACUGGAUUUUCCUCUGCCUGCUUCAUUAUGAUAUGACAGCGGCCAAUGAUGCGAUAAAACUUCUUUUUGGGGUUUGUUUAUAUCAUUUCUACAUACUGCAAUAUUUUGAGGAGGUCCCUAAGCAUCAUAGCAGAUUCAGAAUGCAACAGGUGUCAGACAAACUGCACAAAGUUAGCCUGGGGAAAGCUGGUGCUCAGUCAAGCACAGUCAGUGUUUAUCUUGUGACAUGGAAUGUUGGAGCUACAGGUCCUCCCAAAGAUCUUGUGGAACUUCUUGAUCUUAAGGCAAAACAGCUACCAGACAUUUAUGGCAUUGGUUUCCAGGAGAUGGACCCAUCUGAUGGUGAUGAUAAGGACAAUCAAUGGACCAGCAGGCUCACUGAUGUUCUCGGCCAGAUGAACUAUGUCAGGAUCAAAGUUGUUCGCAUGCAGGCCAUAUCGCUGCAGGUGUUUGUCCGACGUCCACUGUUGCUCAACGUUACCAGUAUUGAGUCUGAGUAUUCCAAAGCCGGCAUGGGAGGAUGGUGGGGCAACAAGGGGGGUGUGAGUGUGAGGUUUGACGUAGGCGGGGUAAACCUGAUCAUCGUCAACACUCACCUAGCAGCACACAUGGAGAACAUGGCUGAACGUAUUGAGGACUUCAACACUGUGUUGAAGACUCAGCGUUUCAGAGAUCCAGAUGUGGAAAAUAUCCUGGACCAUGAUUAUGUGUUCUGGAUGGGUGACCUGAACUGCCGUCUGGAGGGAAUCAGCCGAGACCGAGCUGUUGAGUUGACCCAGCAGAAUCGUCUUGAAGAGCUUUUUAAACUAGACCAGUUAAAGCAGGCCCAGCAAGAGGGUCUCAUGUUGGUGGACUUCCAGGAAGGGCCUCUCAACUUCAAACCCACAUACAAGUUUGACAAGGACACAGAUGUGUAUGACACAAGCGAGAAGCAGCGUGUGCCUGCAUGGUGUGACCGAAUCCUGUGGCGGGCUCACACGGACCUGGAUGGUCUGAAGGUCCAGCAGCGUAAAUACUUUAGCCCUGCAUACAGUCGAGGGGACCAUAAGCCAGUCACAGCCACCUUCCUUGUCAAUCCAUUGCACUAUAGGAGCCAUGUAAGCUACCUACAGAGCGACCACAAGCCCAUAUCUGGUGCCUUUGAUGUCAAAGUGUUCAAUGAGGAAGCGUACCCAUUUGUCACAUUUGACGUGAUCUCCAAGUGGAAGUAUGGGGUGGAUGCCAAGUUCCACUACAGCGUGCGUAAAGGCAUAGAGCCUGAUACCUCACCGUGGGAUUGGAUCGCCCUCCUCCCGGCCACAUUCAAGCACUUAGAUGACUACAAGAUUUACGUGUAUGGCAAGAACAAUGCAGAAGACAUCAAGGGCGGGGUUACACUGGAGUUCAGCGGCAAUGAUCUCAAGGUUCCUCCUGGUAAAUACCAGCUGGGAUAUAUCAGCAAGCACAAGAACUGGCUGAGGGGCCUCAGUAAUGAGUUUGAGGUUGUUGCCUAAGAAUUUGGGGGCAUAAUCAGCUAAUACAUAUCAUCUCACAUGACGUCCGCUAACAGCAGAUCUGUACCCAAGGCCAAAGAACCAUAGUGCUGCCAUGAACAUUUAUUACAGACUUACCUCAGCAUUAAGAUUUACAUGUUACCAAUGUGUACACCAGAAAUCUACUACAUGUACUCAGAUACUUCAGUGUGACUAUGCCCUUCUGUUUUCUUUUUAAUUUUUGAUAUUGUAGAGAAGGUUUGGGGUUAUAUUUAGUAUUGGUCAUAUUUCAAACAAUUUAGCUUAUUUUUAUUGCGCUUGUAUAAUAAAAGUAAGUUUUAAGCAUUUGCUAUUCAGCUAUGUGAAUGAAGAUGUUGAGGAUAAUUCCUACUAUUCAUGCAAGCAUGCAGUAUGAAUGCUGAAAUAGUAUACAUUAACAUUAAUAAUAAACCCUUGGAAAUGCUUAACAGUAUUUUAUAUCAUUAUGUUGCUGUUCAAUAUUUGAAUGGCAAAAUGAAUAGAAAUUGCUGUAAAAUAUAAAAUGGGUGAGAAUUGAUAUUUUAUUGUAUUUUGAAUGAUCUAUUGUUAGACAAAAAACUGAGUUUCCAGAAUUUCUGCAUACAAGUGAAUGUUAUUUUGUAACUUUUUGAUGCUUAUUAACUUUCAAGUAAAUGUUAAUUGUGACCCAUCAAGUGCCUUAUUCAAAAAGAGAUGUCUGUGAAAAUGUGUGUCAAGUUUCCUCACAAUAACAUAAGAACCUUGAUGUGAUUGUUUUCCCCUUUGAGACUAAAAUGAAAGUUGCCAUAUCCGAAACACCUUUAUUCAUAUCGGAAUUAACAUAUUUUUCUCUUUCUAUUCCGCUUAAGUAUUGAAAAACUAUAUUUAAACAGGGCUGUUGCUUUUUCAUAUGAUUUUAUAUGUACCUGCAAGCCAUUUUUCUCUUCUAAUUAUUGUCUCAUAUCAAUAAUUGUUACGUCCUGACCCAGGUACAAGUGGUAUUGACCAAUGUUCUGAUGAUAUUUUGUGAACUUGGCACUUCACAUCAUUGUUGAUUACAUAUUUAGUAUUUCAAUGAAACUUGCUUGCUCAAACUUAAUACACAAACAGAAAGAGUUCUGUAGACAAUGUUGCUCAUUGAAUGAUUGUGUUCAUUCUGAAGCUCCAUGUUAUAUGCCACUGCAGUGUUUGUGUAAUCCAUUAGGGUUUUAAUCAGUAUGAUUUGUCCUGUGAUUUUAUACUAGUAAUUGUCUGCAAAUGCCAUUUAAUGGCCUUCCAUCAUUGUGUCAUCUUUGUGUGUUCUUAAGAUAUUCAUAGCUUAUUUGUUAAGGAAGAUAUUUUGGAUUAUUAUCCUGUUUAAGAUGAUUGUGCAUCAUAUGUUAACAGUUGUUGAGCUGGCAUGUACAUUUAGUUGUACAUGUAUGUUUUAAAUCAGUACUUAUGAUCCUCAUUUAUUGACUGUAAAACAUUUUCUCCCACCCCAGGUAAGUAAAGUAAAUCCAAAUAUUUGGCUUUUCUGGCCCACUGGCAAAGAUAAAUAGAGUACCUGUAUGUGAAAAAUAAAUUAAAAUACGUUUUUACUUUAUCUUGCUUAACAGAAGUGGGAGAAAAAGUGUCUACCAUGGCCGCUCAUGUAAGAUAGGUUCAUCCCAACCCUCUGGUUUCUCUGCAGAAAUGAAGUUUACACUUCGGUUGGAUGAAGCUAUAUUACACUGUUGCCCAUGGAAGAUACUUAAAUUCCUUCCCUUUUACUUUCUUGCUGAUUCUGAUUUACACUAUGAGACUGAUUUAUCCUUUUUUAGUAUUUCUAUAACCUAAUCAUCUGUAAACAUUGGUUGUCAUUCGAAGGCUUAAACUACAACAAUCCACUGUAUGUCUUCCUAUAUUUGUCCUGUUGUCCGACACAAUGCUUUAACCAAUCAAACUCAUUUUUCUGCAUUCCUUCAUUGUUUGUCUAUUUGUUACUCAUUUUAGUGAUUUAUAUUUCUGUUGUUUGUUUUAUAUUUUAUACAUAUUUUUUCUUUGUUUUCUUUAUAUAUAUAUAUUUAAUUCUUGAUGUUGCUUUUUCAUAACAGAUUGUAUUGGAUAUAUUUAAUAUAAUCAUUCAUUGUAUGUCCUGUAAUCAAGAACAAUUAGUGCAGAUUUAUGGCAGUAAUGAAUGUGUAUUUUUUUAUCUCAACUUUUGAUAAAAGCGAAAAACUAGUAAAGAUUAAAAGCCAAAAACUAGUAAAGAUUAAAAGCCAAAAAGCCAAAAACUAGUAAAGAUUAAAAGCCAAAAACUAGUAAAGAUUAAAAGCGUGUGCCAAAUACGUUGUCUAAAUGUAUGUGGUUGCUAAAUCUCAAUUCCUUGUUGUUAUCAAGGGUCAUAUGUUCAGUUUUUGUUCCUAAAUAUGAGAAAUCAAAGAUCUAUAUCUUUACUUUGAAAUGAUACCCCCUCAUCAAUAAAGUGCUAUACAAAUUGUU